CGGCCAUGGGGAACGUGCCAUCCGCGGUGAAGCACUGCCUCAGCUACCAACAACUUCUCCGGGAGCAUCUCUGGAUCGGGGAUUCAGUGGCAGGGGCGUUCGAGCCCGCGCAGGAAUCAUCCCAGCCAUCUGGACUCCCUGAAUAUGUUAAAAUAGUAGAAGUUGGACCUAGAGAUGGAUUGCAGAAUGAAAAGAUUAUAGUUCCCACAGAUAUAAAAAUUGAAUUUAUCAAUCAACUUUCCCAAACUGGCUUGCCUGUAAUAGAAGUGACAAGCUUUGUGUCUUCCCGAUGGAUACCACAGAUGGCAGAUCACACUGAAGUGAUGAAGGGCAUUCGUCAAUAUCCAGGAAUUCGAUAUCCUGUCCUUACUCCUAAUCUUCAGGGUUUCCACCGUGCUGUUGCUGCAGGAGCCACUGAGAUCUCUGUUUUUGGUGCUGCCUCUGAACCCUUUAGCAGGAAGAAUAUUAACUGUGCUAUUGAAGAAAGUAUGGAGAAGUUUGAGGAGGUCGUUAAGUCUGCAAGACACAUGAAUAUUCCAACACGAGGGUAUGUAUCCUGUGCCCUGGGCUGUCCAUAUGAAGGAAACAUCACACCACAGAAAGUAACAGAAGUAUCUAAGAGAUUGUAUGGCAUGGGCUGUUACGAGAUUUCCCUGGGAGACACAAUUGGAGUGGGAACUCCAGGAAGCAUGAAGAGGAUGUUGGAAAGUGUCAUGAAAGAAAUCCCACCCAGGGCUCUUGCUGUUCACUGUCAUGACACAUACGGACAAGCCUUAGCAAAUAUCCUUACGGCCCUUCAGAUGGGGAUUAAUGUGGUGGAUUCUGCAGUAUCCGGAUUAGGUGGUUGCCCUUAUGCAAAAGGUGCCUCUGGGAACGUAGCCACUGAGGAUUUGAUCUACAUGCUUAAUGGCCUGGGGGUCAAGACAGGUGUGAAUCUUUACAAAGUGAUGGAAGCUGGCGACUUCAUCUGCAAAGCUGUGAAUAAAACUACAAACUCUAAAGUAGCACAAGCCUCAUUCAACGCUUGACUUGAAUGCAUUUGUGAGUUAAGGCUGAGAAGCUCCAUUUCAGCUACAGAUACUCAUCUGAAAAUCAUUACUGCCAACUUGUUCUGAAAUGUGAAGUAAUAGACAAGAGUGGGGGAAAAAAAGAGAUACUUUGAAAAAGAGUAGGCUGGAUAGAUUACAAAAUUGACAGGAAGAUACACCAGUCAUCAGGUGAA